CUGACUACGUCGGACUACUCACUUCGUCAAUACAACUACAUUCGUCAUCACAUAGAGAUUAUUUUUUUUUUUUUUUCAAAUGCUAAAAUAGUCUGUUCUCCAAAGUCCGGUUCUCUCCGACCAUUUUGUUGGGAAACGUGCACAAAAUGGCGACCAACUACACAGAUGACAUCGGCCCUGUGGCGUGGCCACUUAAAAUGGUCUCACAAGAAGUGGUAGAGCACAUGCUAGGCUGGAACAUUCCAGAAGAACAUCAGGACCUGGUCCACGACCACUGGCGAGACUUCCCCGCUGUCAGCAAAUACUGGCACUACGGCCUAGCUCUCAUUUACACCAUGCUGAUGCUCGCUUCAAUAUCAGGGAACGGAAUCGUUAUUUGGAUAUUUAGCACAUCAAAAUCUUUACGCAGCGCCAGUAACAUGUUCGUUAUCAACCUAGCUAUAUUCGAUCUGAUGAUGAUGCUUGAAAUGCCGCUGCUCGUCAUCAACUCCUUCCAUCAGAGGCUGGUGGGCUACCAGCUUGGAUGCGAUAUAUACGCAGUGCUGGGCUCGUUGUCUGGCAUUGGAGGAGCCAUUACAAACGUCAUCAUCGCUUAUGAUAGAUAUAAGACGAUAUCAAGCCCACUAGAUGGAAGACUGUCUCGAGUACAAGCAUCUCUGCUAAUACUGUUCACAUGGCUGUGGGCGUUGCCCUUCACGUUCCUGCCCGCCUUCAGGAUCUGGGGGAAAUACGUGCCGGAGGGGUUCCUCACGACCUGCUCCUUCGACUACUUCACGGAUGACACGGACACUAAACUGUUCGUCAUGUGCAUAUUUAUAUGGAGCUACGUCAUCCCAAUGCUUCUCAUAUGCUUCUUCUACUCCAAACUAUUCAGUGCUGUGCGACUCCACGAGCGUAUGCUGAAAGAGCAAGCCAAGAAGAUGAAUGUCAAAUCCCUCGCUGCGGGCAAAGAAGACGCCGGCAAGAGUGUGGAGAUCAGGAUCGCUAAAGUGGCCUUCACCAUCUUCUUCCUGUUUGUCUGCUCAUGGACACCGUACGCCUUCGUCGCGAUGAUAGGAGCGUUUGGGGAUAGGAGCAUUUUAACACCAGUUGCGACGAUGGUACCUGCGGUGUGUGCGAAAAUCGUAUCCUGCAUAGACCCAUGGGUGUACGCUAUCAACCACCCAAGAUACCGGGCGGAAUUAGAAAAGCGAGUACCAUGGAUGGGAGUCCGGGAGCCAGACCCUGAUAGUGUUUCCACCGCCAGCGGAGCAACCGCCCAGACACAAAACGCGGCAGCGGAUGCGUGAAACGACGACUACACAGCUAACUGUAAUUUAAAAUAGAUUGAAGACUCUCCCAUAGAUGUUGCAAACUCCGGACAGACAUCAACCCAUAAAAGUACUGCAAUAUUUCUUAGAAGUACAUAAGGAAACAUAUAAAACAGUAUCGCUUAUUACAGAUUCUAUGUAGAUUCUAUUUGUUAAAAAAAUUUCAUUAACUUAUUAUUAUAUAACCUCUGAAUAUUUUUUACGUCGACUUGAGUUAUAAUUUAAGAAGCAGACUUUAAAAUAAUCCUUUGUAUCGUUAUAAAUCAUUAUUUUUUGCCUUUAGUUGACAGACACAAACUCAGUUCAGGAGGUUACUCAAAAAUCAGUGAGGAAUACUCUAUUUCACUCUUCCGUAAUGGACGGAGAAUGUUCAUAGUAACUUCAGAUAAAUUUGACUGACUUAUGCCGACAUUAGGCUGUUGUCACUAUUGUUAACUUAAAAUUAUUACUAGAGUUUUGUCCGGAAUUACUAGCCUCCGUGGUAGAGCCUUAAAUCAGGUGCGUACCAAUAUUUUGUAUCCGCACUAUAGUUGUAUAACCAAGCGAUACAAUCAAAAUACUAGCCUCUGUAGAAAAGAAAACCUUAUUAGUAUAUUUUGGACUAAGUUUUUCGAUUGUGUCCCUUUAAAUAAUCUCUAUAAUACCGACGAAAGAUGCUUGAAAUUGGACUCUGUUUUAUAUUAUCUAGAUUUAUGUUUUUACAUUAUCUAUAUUCGACCGACAAUUGUGUAUAUUUUUUAUUCUUUUGGACUAACCUCUUUUAGACUUAGGUUAUUACCUUUAAGGUGAUAUAAGUUGAAAGAUAAGAUAUUGCAUAUAUUUUUGUGUCGAAAAGAAAAUAUUACAAAAAAAAUAAUUGAAAAAAAUGGAACCGAUAACGACGACUCUGGCGAAUAUUACUUACGAAUAAAUUAUUUUGCAGUAAA